AUGAUCCUCCUCCCCUCCAUCCGAGCACGUCUCUCCCUCCUCUUGGUCCUUAUCACCCUAAUAUCUCUGGUACUUUACCAACGCAUAUCUCAGUCGAAUAUCGAAUAUGCUUUUCCUAAAGAUGUAUUAGCGGAUUAUACUUCACCUUCAACACAUUGUUUCUGGCCUGAAAGGGGAGCAACUCAGGAGAGUAAAGGGAGUUUAGUGGAUUGGUUGAAAUGGGAAUCAUCACCUUCACCAUCUAUAUCCACCACACAGAACGGGGACGGAGCAGAUGCUUCCGACAAUGAAUUUCAGUGGGAGGGUAAAUUACCUGAUAUAAUACCUUCAAGUGGAAUUGAAAAAUACAUGUUAUCUCAUAUAGAAGAUCUGCAAUCGGGUUGGAAUCCGAAACACGAUUUUGAAGAAUAUGGAUUGAAGUUAGGUAAUACAUCUUUAGAAGGAUAUACAAAAGAACUUAUAUCGACUUAUAAACAAUAUCUCUUACCCUCUUUAGGAGGAGGAGGUGUAGGAGGGUUUAUGGCACCCGUAUUAUCUAGAUUGAGUUUAAGACCACCUAUCCAAGAAUUACCACCUCGACCCAAGCAGGUGAUGACGACUGAUAAAUCUGAUGAAUUACCGUACCAGUUUGAAAGAUGGAAAGAGAUCAUGCCUGAUUAUCAAAUCAAAUAUUUCAAUGAUAAAUCACUCAAGGCUUGGGUUAAAGGUGUUUUCGGUGGGACGAAAGCUGAGAAAAUCUGGGAAAAGUUACCGAGAGUCGUUUUGAAGACUGAUAUAUUCAGAUAUAUGGCUAUGUUAGUAGAAGGAGGUAUAUAUACAGAUAGUGUGAUAGCUGCACCUAUCAUUCACGCCGAUUCAUGGGGUAUACCCUACCAUUCCGAGACCGCCCCGUUAUUGACCCACUUAUCGAGAUUACUAUCUCUGUCAACUUCUCAGCAUCUCCCUUCUUCGCAUCCACUAUCAUCUUUCGCCUCUGAACAUUCGACCGACUCAGUAGAAGGCAUGAUUGAUCUUCCCGUGGACAAAUCAAAGAUUUACGAUGGACCCUUGGUAGAUGAUGGGAACGAAUUGGGAGAACCGGGUUUGGUGGUUAGUGUGGAGAGUGAUGCGAUUGAUUUUGGAUGGACAAAUUGGCGCGAAGUCGGUCUAUCCCGCGCAGUUCAAAUAACUCAAUGGACAUUCAUGGCCAGACCUGGACAUCCUGUAUUCCUGGAUGCAUUAGGUAGGACAUUGAGGAAAUCUGAGGAAAUGGAAAAGAAAGCAAAAGAAGCGGAAGAGAAAGGAGAAGAAUUCAUACCUGAGACUGCUCUCGAAUGGACUGGUCCGGGUGUAUUCUCAGAUUGCGUAUACCGAUACUUGCUAGCUCGAUACGGAUUCAAACCUGGAGAUUUGAUACAUCAGAAAGAACCUAUCCGAGUGGGAGAUGUACUAAUUUUACCCGCCGGUUCAUACUCCAGUGUCAGUCCAUUUACAGACGAAGAGCAAAGACCUUGGGCAGCGAGUUAUCAUGGAUUCUUGGGUCGAUGGAGAGAAUCCGACCCUGCCGUACAAGAGUUCGAACGGCUGAAAAAGCUCAAAGCUGAAGCUGAGGAAGCGGAGCAAAAAGCCAAGGAUGAAGCCGAAGAAGCCGAGAAGAAAGUUAAAGAAGCUGAAGAUAGAGCUAAACAAGCUGAAGAGGAUGAGAGGAAAGCUAAAGAAGAAGCUGAUAGGUUGAAAUUACAGGAACAGGCAGAGGCGGAAGCAGAAAAAGGGGAUGAUGGGAUACCUAGAGGUAGGAUUGGGGAUGUUCCAUUAUCGCCUAUUGGAUGA